UGGUCUUCAUGUGACGAUGAUUACCGCCUCAUCGUUGCCUGCCGCAAACAAAAUCGACAAGCAAGCUCUCCUGGGCCUAAAAAACUUCAUCGAGGUGUUACAGCAACAAGGGUAAAGAAUCAUUAAAGAAGCAGACGUAUUUGAUAAUGGAUAGUCAAUUUGAUUCUAACCCGCUAAGUCGUAUUCCUUUAAAGGUAGUAGUCAUCAUACAUUUUGUCCUAACAAUAUGGGCCGGGCAAGUCGGGUUCUUACCCGUUGCAUACCAGUUCAUGAAUCUGAGUAUAUUGUUUUGUGGUUGCUGGGCCAUAGCCCAAUCGGAAUCAGUUGAUAGCAUACAAAUGUACCUCAUCGUACAAGUUAUUAGCAUUCUCAUGGAUAUCAUUUUUCUUGGCAUCUUUUUCGAUUCAGCAGAUGGAUAUUAUCAUAGAAGCGCACUGAACUUCAGUAAAGCCAUGGCAAUUAUUAAUCUUUUGCUGAAGCCAAUAAGCUGUUUCAUCAUUCUUGUGCACUAUCGUAACCGUGGUGGUCAGUACAGCAGCUAUCCGUCCCCAUCUGCUAGUGGCUAUGAAAACGUUGACCAACCAUUGCCUUCGAACAACCCGGUGGAGUCUGCAAACUCGCCAUCCUCGUUCCAGAAGCCAUACACGCCUCAUUAGAAUGUGGAUAGGAUAGUGUAGAAAUGUUUUCCACAAAACAUGAACUUAAAAUUGCAGGUUUGGUCAGAAGGAGUAUAUAAUUCAAAACAGGUAACCAAAUGGAAUUUGAGUUCCUGGAGAAAAUAUGUAUAGAGUUUGUAUAGAAUUGAUUUGUAAUUGAUGUACAUGUAAACAUUAUGAAAACAACAUAAUGGUUUUAAAACAUUUUGAAUGAAAAAAAAUAUUACAAUUGGGAAUUAUGUAAGUAAUAUAAAUCGUGUUUGGAAUAUGAAACAAUAAAAAUAAUAUUUUUAAUCCAACUAACUGGUGUUCUUGGAUUCAACAGUAGUGCUACAAUUUCAUACAUAGGCCUACAACUACAGUGAAAAAGAAAAUGGUGGGGCUGAAACAUACUGUGUCCUGCUUACUUCGCUGGCUUUCAUACAUAUGGAACAUUUUGUUGCUCAGAAGCCUAGGCUGAAAACCUUGAAGUUAGUACACACCUAGAGAGUGCUGCAGUUGAAUAAUUCUCACCAGAGAAUUCAAUUCCAAUAAAAAAAAAUUCAAAACUACAGUACUUUUCACCUAGUGUUUCAGUUAUGCAAAUUUCCUAUGUUACAAAAGUUGUCUUCACUGCAGUUGUAUGCCAGCAUAUUUUGGGUCACAUCUGAUCUGAGAAUACACAUAGGUUAAUUAUUAAGUUAGAAUUGCAAAAAUACUAUAUUAAAAAAUUCCUUUUAAUGUUACCGUACCAAGUGGCAUCAUAUAUUAACCUAGUCUGCUGUAGGAGUUUAUCCUUGAUACAAUUUUAUCACAUUAUAUAACAUACAAUAUAACAGCUAAACUAAUUCCUCCAUGGUUUAACCUGGUAAAGUAUAAUUAUUUUACAGAGUAUAGCAUGAGUUUGUACAGUACAAGUAUAUAAUAUUGAGCAUGGUUGUUCUAGGUAUUACACGGUAAUUGUUGAUUUUGUAUUUACCAUGAUAUAGUAAAUGGUAAAUUAUUUUACGGUGGUCUGAUGAUGUGGUACAGCACCAUAUGUUGGUGAACUAGGUACCAUAUGGUACAGUGGGUACCAUAAUACCAUAUGUUGGUGAACUAGGUACCAUAAUGGUACAGUGGGUACCGUCCCCAGUGUGUGCAAUGACAUGGCAUCCUUAUAACAGUGUGUGUUGUCAUGUCAAAUAUAAAAACAUCAAACUUAAGUGAGGAAAUAUGAAAGCUAAUAGAAAAUACAUAAGCAUUGAAAAGUGUACAAGUACAAUGGGAAGAAUAUUUGUGUAAGUUGAAAGAUUGACAGUUCCAUUCACUGAGGCGGAGCCAAGUUAAAUAGAACAGUCCAUUUUUCAAAGAAUGGAAAUAUUUGUUCCAUUGCACGAAUAAAAAAAAAUUUCAUUACGGUAUGUCUUUUAUAAACACACCUAAAAUAGAUCCUUGCCCUUUUUAACCAAUAAAACGAUUGUAUUUAAGUUGAGGCAUGCAAUGGGACAAAAUGAUGGAACAUGGAUGGAAAACUAAAUUUUAAAUUAAAUGACAAUUGAUGAAAUAGUGUAAAUAACCAAUGUCAUGUGAUACGAAAUUCACCAAUCAAAUGACAAGGAUCUAUUCAGGUGCUACUCUACUCUAGUAUUACAUGUAAUAGAAUUUAGUGGAAUUAAGAAUCAACAACCUACCUUGCCAUUCAGUGCUCCUUACCAUUAUUUACAUUCCGCAAAGGUGCAGUUUACGUAUUCAAAAAAUUAUGGGAAUUCUAGCUUGUGUGCGUUUUUGUGUUGAUAUUGUAGAUGUUUUAGAAAUGGGUUGUAAUAAAAUGAAAUGACUUUAUUAUAAUGAACAAGUUGUUUAAUGAUAGGUAGUAUUGUCUUGUGAUUGGAAACUAUAUUCUUAUUACAUGUCUAAAUGUGGUUAAUGUUUUUUAUGGGUUUCUUGGUAAAAUUUGGGGGUUUUCUUGUAAUUUUAUUCUUACUUAAGUAAGGCAUUACAUGUACUCUAAUAACUUAAGUAUACACUUGCAAAUUAUUGUUACUUAAAGCUGAUGUACAAAACCAGUCACAAUUUGCAGAUUUGGUCACAGUUGAAUAGUCACGGAUGUACUCACAAAUUGGAAGCUAAUUUUAAAACAAUUUGUUCAUGGGCAAGUGAAUGUGUAAAUUUCAAGUAAAGUUUGUGCAAGAAAUUAAUUAAAAUGGAUAAUAUAUAUAUCUUGCAGACAGACAAGACAUGGCCAUUUGAGAAUAUGUAAUCAAAAUUUUAGAUACAGUUAUCUGGAAAAUGGACCUUUCCAAAGUUUCAAUCAAAAUUAACAACUGACCAAUCAGAACAGGGAAUGGAAUAUGCAUGUGUGUGUUUGUGAGACACAUGCAUAUUCAUCAUUUUGUGGGACCAUAACAACAGUUUCUAAGGGGUGGGGUUUAGCACAAAGGCCCAUUACAGUUGCCUGGCAACCUUUCUUGGAUGCUCUUUUCCUUUCUGUGAAUCAGUUAUUUUAAUAUACAGUUAAACUUGCCUUAAGUCGUCUUUGCCUAACUCAAAUAAUUUCUAAGUCGAACUUAUUUUACAUGCCAAAUUGUUGUGUUUUCCAUUAAUUAACAAUCUGUAAGUCAAAUUUUAUCGAAGUCGAAAACAUUUUUUCAAUGGCAUUUUGGAUUCGACUUAGGCAAGUUCAACUGACAUCCAUAUUGUUCAUUCUUAAUUGCAUUAAACAAGUACAUUUAAGCUAUCAUAUUGAUCACAAUUGUGAAAUCUGUUAUCUUAACAAGCGUUACCUUUUCAGUAGUACGUCGACUCCUCGUUUUUUUCUGGUUUUUGUUUUCGGUACUUAUUUUCUUGUGUGAAGCACUGUUCAGAUUAUAAAAUUUUCAUGACAAAAAACUGUUGUAUGCCAAUUAUAUAGUCAUGAUGUGCCUAUAUAUGGUCAUGAUGUGAUGUCAUCAUGACCAUAUAUAGGCAUGUCACAUGUUUUUGUCAAAUAAAAUUUCGUAGUCUUGGAGAGGACUUUAUUAGUGGUAUAGAUGUUAUGCAGUGAAGGGUGUGUUUUUUUUUUUAAGUUGACUAACAGACCAUAUACAGUAUGAUCAUAUAUUUGUAUUUGAUUAGAAAAUUCUUUUGAAAAUCUGAGGAACCUCUAUCACAUUAAUGUCAUUUUAAAAUAUAUGUUUCAUUUGUAAACUCACUAAGGAUUAGUAAUUUGAAAUAUAAAGCAUGUUGACAAAGUAAAUUUUAUACAGAAUCAUUAAUUAAUUUAUAAUUUUACAAUAAAUAUCAAUGUUUUUAUUAGCACUAAUUAAUCUUAAUUAUUACAUUUAGUCUUUCGGCAAUUUCUUAAUUCAAACCAUCAAUUAAUUUUGAAAUAAGUAUGAAUGUUUUUAUUCGCACUAAUUAAUCUUAAUUAUUAUAUUUAUAGUCUUUAGGCAGUUUCCGAACUCAAUGUACUGAUUUUUUUUUUCAAGACGAUUUUAAUUUAUACAGAAUGCUUUCAGGUUUAAUAUUUUAUAUGUAAUUAUAUUAUUAAUGUACAACCAAUAUGUACUUGUAAUUCAUAUACACAGUAUCAGUGGUCCCAAGUUGGAAGAAGUUGCUUCCUGGAGAUCAGGAUAACUGAGAUUUCUUAAAAGAAAACUAGAAAGAUGAUUCUUUCUUCGUAGAGGAUGUUUGAUAUGUCUCUAGUAAUAGAAUCAACUUUAAAAUCAUUUUUUAGCUAUUUUAUGAAGUUAUACUCCAUUGCAAUUUUUCCCUUUAGCAGGGCGACGUCAGUGUAAGCUACUGUAACCAAAGAUCCUAUAGCGCCGCAUGUAGUGCUGUGCGCGGCACUAUACAAUUUUUGGUUACAGUACCUUAUACUAAUGUCACACAGCUGAAGGGGUAAAUUGUAAUAACUACAUAAAAAAAGUGCCAAAAGAAAUAUCCUAGUUCCCAUUUAACACAUUUCAAUUUUAUUUUCCUGCACAUUGUGACACUCAUCGUCACCGAUUUAUGCGAAAAAAUUAAUGUAGUACAGAAGUAAAAAUAUGCAAAUAUUAGGAAUUUGAAGAAGAUGAGUCAUUUUCUAGAAAAUUGGUGCAUGCUUGCAGGAGUGUGGGAGGGCGUCCCGAUUUACAGGAGACUUUGAGCACCUUCAGAAAAUUUGGGCCCCUUGCAUUAUAAAGCUUGUGUUUAUAUUCCAGUAGUCAACUAAAUUACAUUAUUUAUUAAUAUUGAAAUACCAAGUAAAUAAAUUUUAUGAUUCUUAUGAUGUUAUUGGUAACUUGUAAUUUGUGCUUACGUAUUAAAAUUACAGUAGUGAACUAUUUGUUAAUAUAUUAUGUAUAAAUGUAAGCCAAUCAAAAUAUCAGCUUCCAGACAUUUUUUGUGCAGGAAAACUGCUGUAUUGUUUAUUGAAAUUUAACUAUUGAUAGUUGGGACUGUUGACAAGUAACUUAAUUUAAAUGAGGCUUGUCAUCCUAACACCAGUGUAUUUUCACUAAAUGAGUAAUUAGCAUAAUAGAGGUUUAGUACUGUAUACUUUAGCUAUAAUAACUUGGGCAAUAGUAAGUCAAUUCCAGUAAGUGACUCAUUUUAAAUCAUAUAUUGUGGAGAAUACUGUAAGACUACUGUAUAAUAAAACACCAAUUUUCUUGGUUGGGUCACUUACGCUGGUAUUGGCAUGGCAAGCCCCAAAUAUUGUUACUUUUCUUAACAUGUUAACAACCAUAAGAAAAGGUUUGAGUACUUUGUAAUAAGCGCUGGUCUAGAAUAAGCACCGUAACGAUGCUUUGGUGUUGAAGCAUGAUCUUGCCUUAAAAAACCCGAAAAUCUAGGGUAAUAACAAAAUCUUUCCAGUGUUCCUGUGAAAUAUCCUCCUAAAAUAUGUAACAAUUCAAGAAGUUAUUUCACAGGUAAACUCUCUUCCCCAAAUUUUGCGGCCAAGACCACUGCUUAAAUACCACAGUAUUGUCGCUAUAUACUGAGGAUUCUCAGACUCCUUGGCUUAUGACCCCAAACAGACGUGUAGGCAAAUUGCCUUGAACAACCUCCCGCAACGUUAGGUACAUGUAAGCAAAAUUGAAGUAAAAUGUUUAAAUAAUACUUAGAAUGCACGAUCUUUGCUACAAUGAUGAAUGAUGUAAAAUUCAAUUUCAAUCUUAAAAGAAACUCAUAACACACUCAUUUAUUUGGUGAACCAAUUUGGAGUUGCAACCCUUAGUUUGAGAACUGCUGCUUUUUUUUCAAAUUCAAAUUUAAUUUCAUCUUUAUUACAAUCAUACUAUAAUAGAUUGGAUAUUACAAUAGUUGUCAAAACAAUUCAAUACAUUCAUAUAUAAAAACAGGACAUGUACAUUCAAAAUUAGUCAGAUAGGUACAUUACAUAAAAAAAGUACAACUUAACAUCUGGUAACAUUUUUCAAAAUAUACAAGAUUUAUAUUCCACGAAUGUUGCAAUAGGCAUAGGAUUUUAUAAAUUGCAAUACUAUUAAAAUGCCAUUGAUUUUUAAUUAUAGGUUUUAAUUAUUUUAAUUGAGGUAUAAAUUCUGCACAAAAGCAAAUAAAUCACAGUUGAUUUUGUUAAGAAUUUUGCCAAGAUGUCUUCUUUUCUUUCUUGAUUAUUAAAAGGGAAUUUAUAUUAACGAGACUGAAAAUAGUUUAGUUUCAAUGAAAUAUUGAAUAAUUACAAAUAUAACUGUAUGUGUGUUGAUGUUUUUGUUUAUGUAACUUUAACUUUUUUUUUUAGUUUUGCUUCAUUGCCUAUUCAAUAAAAGCAUCUCCAUCAAA